UCCUAAUACAGCACUAAACACCUUCGAUCGUUAACAAAAGGAUCCAAACGAGGUGAUUUAAAGUGGGAGAAAUGUGGAAGUGAGUUUUCAUAGAUCCGUGGCUCUGCCUGCCCACAGAGCGCGCUGGCUGGCUGCUGAGCACAUUCUUCGUGCCUGCUCGAACAUGUGGCUCACUCGCAGUGUCAGUUGUCAGCUGUGCAGUCGGAGAGGCUUUUUGUUGGGAAGUUUCAGUAAGUGAGUCAGUUAACGCGACACAAGGGAGGACGGCACCCAGCCCUGCCGCUGGAUCCUGCGUGGGGCUUGUGUCUGCUUCUCCUCUGAGGACUGCAGCACACAAAGGCGAUCUCUAUCGGGAUUUACUUGUUUUACCUUCACCCACUCACACUCUCACACACACGCCCGGCCCGGGGAUGGUUGUUAUCGUCGUUCGGACGCCGCUUUUUCCUCUCUGGGAUUAACGCAGCGGGGGAGCCAUGAAAGUGACGGUGUGUUUCGGGAGGACGCGGGUGGUCGUUCCGUGUGGAGAUGGGAUUGUUAAAGUGCAAAGCCUUAUUGAACAAGCAGCCAUGAGGUAUAAAAAGGCCAUUGCAAAGGACCCCACUUACUGGGUUCAGGUCCACAGGCUGGAGCAUGGAGAUGGAGGUAUUUUGGACCUUGAUGAUAUGCUGUGUGAUGUGGUAGAUGACAAAGAUAGGCUAGUUGCAGUAUACGAAGAGCAGGAUCCACACAAUGGAGGUGAUGGAACCAGUGCCAGCUCCACAGGAACACAGAGUCCAGACCCCUAUGCCAGUGAGAUGAAUUCAGCAUCUGCAUUCCAGCCAUACCAAGCUGCUAGUGAGAUCGAGGUCACAACAUCUGCUCUGCGAUCAACCAUGUCACUGAAUGUCCGUCGAAGCAGCGAUCCCUCCUUAGCUGACCUCUCUCCAGGUGAGGCCCUGGUUGGUCAAGAGGAACCAUCAAGAAAGAAUCCAACUCGGUGGUCCACAACUAAUUUCCAGAUGUACAACAUCAAGCCAAGCUCACAGGGUGCCACAAGCACCCUAGAACAACAGGGUAGAGGAGCCCAAGCCUAUCGGAGUCUUCCUCGUGAUGCGAGUGGCUGGACUAUUCAUUUUCAAAGAGACUUGAUUCGUUCUUCCCUUAGUCCCAACCAUCCAAUGGUCGACCAGUGGCUUGACCAACAGGAACAGGAGGAGGAGGAAGCAGAGCAAAGAAAAUAUGAGAGGAGAAUUGAGCGGAUAGAGCCUGUAGGGAGGGCGGACUCUUCACUGGAGCGUUCACCUGUGUUAAGUCUUGAAAGCAUGCUCAAGCUGGUCGAAGUGUCCAAUGAAGGAGGGCCCCUGGGGAUUCACGUAGUUCCUUUCAGUUCACAAGAUGUUAGGACUCAGGGCUUGCUGGUAAAACGUUUGGAGCCUGGAGGAAAAGCUGAGCACGAGCAUCUCUUCCAGGAAAACGACUGCAUAGUCAGGAUUAAUCAGGGAGAUAUUUGGAACCUGCGCUUUGAACAAGCUCAGAACAUUUUCAGACAGGCGAUGCGUUCCCAGGUCAUCCUUUUCCAUGUUGUGCCUGCAUCCAAGAAGAGGCAGUAUGAUAUACUUUUAGCUCAGAACGAGCUCAGCCCACCUCAGUCAAACAGGGUCCGCUUUAGCCAAGACUCUCAGCAUCCAGGGAACCGGUCAAGUCUGGAUGCAAGUAUGCCAUCCAGAUCUGGAAAACAAGCCAUCAACCACAAUUACCAAGGUCCUCUAGGAAGAAGCACCCCAGAACCAGAUCGGCGCAAUGCUACUUCACCCCAUGCCUCACCUCACAUCUUAAUCUCCAGGACCCCCUCAGCACCUUCCGCCUCCUUGCAGCGUAGAAUAAGCACAACUCCGUCCAACAACUCCUACCUAAAGAAAAAAGGAAGCAUCUUCAACAUCCAGUUGAAGAAAGGUCCAGAGGGCCUUGGAUUCAGCAUCACCUCCAGGGACAUACCUAUUGGUGGAAGUGCUCCUAUUUACAUUAAAAACAUCCUUCCCCGAGGGGCUGCCAUCCAAGAUGGACGAAUGAAAGCUGGAGACCGGUUGUUGGAGGUUAGUGGAGUGGACCUGAAUGGAAAGAGCCAGGAGGAAGUGGUGGCCCUGCUUCGAGCUACACCCAUGGAUGGGACGGUGAACCUACUGGUGUUUCGUCAAAUGGAACCCCUGCUGCCACGAGAAGUGAAACAGGAAGAUGACACAGUGUUAACCCCAGAUGGAACACGAGGGUUUUUGACCUUUGAGAUCCCUUUGAAUGACUCGGGCUCAGCAGGCUUGGGGGUCAGUGUCAAGGGGAACCGGUCCAAGGAGAACCAUGCUGAUCUGGGCAUCUUUGUGAAAUCCAUUAUUAAUGGAGGUGCUGCUAGCAAGGAUGGACGUCUCCGAGUGAAUGACCAACUCAUUGCUGUCAAUGGGGAGUCACUGCUUGAGAUGACAAAUCAGGAAGCCAUGGAAGCACUUCGAAAGUCCAUGUCGGUAGAGGGCAACAAACGUGGAAUGAUUCAGCUCAUCGUAGCCCGCCGUUUGUUUAAAGACAGUGAGGAAUCCCUUGCUAGCCCAACAAUGUCGGACAUUCCUACUAAUGCUUCUUUGGAUGAAGAUCAAAACUCCCAGUCGCUCUAUGAAACUAUUGACAGCUUGGACAACACACCUACAACCCGGGCUAACAUAGAUGUGCGCAAUGGUCACUUCCAGCUCUCUCCAACUGUGAACAUGCCACAAGGUGACACAGUGAUGAUUGAGGAAGAUUGGCCACCCCUGCUUCCUGCCCACCUGUCUGACCAGUCGUCCUCCAGUUCCCAUGAUGACAUGUGCUUUGCAGGAGAAAGCCCGGUUGCCUGGUUUCAUGAGAUACCCAGGCAAAAUGAAUGUUCUCUAAGUCCAGAUGCAGAGCCUGAUGUUGCAUUCCAAAGAGAAGGCUUUGCCCGCCAGAGUAUGUCAGAAAAACGCACCAAGCAGUACGACAGCCCAGCUCAUCUGGACAUCAUCAAGAACCGCAAGUCCAAAAGCAUGGAUCUUGGUUCUGAAGAGCAACAAGUAGGACCUUCCCUGGGUCUAAAAAAGUCCAGCUCCCUGGAGAGUCUCCAGAAAGUUGUUGUCAAAGUUCUUGUGAAUGAUGAGCUCAACGUUCAAAGGAUGCAUUCAAGGAUCAUCAGGGGUCGCGGCUGCAACGAAAGCUUCAGAGCAGCAAUAGACAAAUCAUAUGUGAAAUCUAGUGUCAUAGCAAAGGAAGAGAACAGCUUUGAGACAUUGGAUGAAGACAAAGAGGAGAGCUCCCGAUCAGGCCACGAGUCGAUGUCCACCAGCGGCGAUCUCAGUCUAGCAGGCGGGCUGGUUGAUGACAAACAGAAAUAUGGUGCCAUGGGUGGGCUGAAGGAAAUCAAGAAAGUGGAAAAGGAGAAUGACAAGGACAAGAACAAACCAAAGAAGGGUGUGCUGAAAGGCCUGGGUGAGAUGUUCAGGUUUGGAAAGGGCAGGCGGGACGAAGACAGGGUGGAGAGAAAGAGCUCAAGAAGAUCUAAAGCUGAGGAAAUGCAAGCAAAUUCAAAUGAAGCCAUCGAAAUGAAGCAGGAACAGGAAAGAAUCCAGGCCAAGACACGGGAACUUUGGGAGCGACAGCCGAUGGAGAGGGAAUACGCAGAGAUCCAAGAUCUCAUUAGCCGCACUUUCAGCUCUGACGAGGAGCACACUUACGCUGGCAUUGGAUCGUUGGGCUCAUCUAUAGAUAGCAGCAGCGUGGAUGCGUACAGCCACCACUACCAUCUCCCUCAGAGCCCGCAGAGCCCUCACAGCCCCCUGAACCUUCAGAGCAACGGUCCACCUCUGGAGGAAUUGUAUGCCCAGGUCAACAAGCACCGCAACGGACGUCCUGCACCUCCUGACAGCAGUCAGAUGGCUCCCAGCAACCAUGACCGGAUACAGAAGCUGAGACACGAGUUCCAACGGGCCAAGCAUGGGGAGGAGCAAGAUAAACAUAAGAGCUACCAUAGCUUCGACCAGUCCUGGGUAAGCAAUGGGACAGAGACACAGAGUGGACGCAAUUCUGCCACAGCUGAGACUCAGAAGCAGCAGCAAGAAGACAGAGACGGUUUCCAACAAGCACAGAGACAGUACAACUCCCUGCCGCGGCAACCUCGUAAGAACCCCAGCACUGUGUCCCAGGACUCCUGGGAAAGGUCGUGUCCACCAUCUGAGGGAUUCCAAACACCUAAGGAGCACCCUCGCCACUCCAUGGGCCCGGGCUCACGUAACGGCAACAUGGGAAAACCCAGCCUUAACGCUCGGGUCCUCUUAGAGACAGAGGAGCUGCUGAGGCAGGAGCAAAGACGGAGGGAACAGGAGGCCAGCAAAACCAGACCAUCUCCUGCACAGGAAGCACACAGCAGCAGCAGCGCCUACAAGCACAGCUUAGACCACAGCCAGGCAUCUGCCACAGGACAUGUGCAGACACCACAAAGAUCUAAAGGCCCCUACAGGCAGGACGUUCCCCCAUCACCUUCGCAACUGGCCAAACUCGGCCACCGUCAGGGUUCAGAGAAAGGGAGGUUUUUAUAUUCCUGAGACAGGGAACUUAAAGAGAUCAGGACUGAUCUGAAAAAGCCUUUACAUGGUACAAACACCUAGUAGGCAACAAGUCUGUUUUUAAUACUUUGAUAAAAUGAUUUGUUUAUUAAUUGGUUGUUACAUUUUUUUUUUACAUUUUAAAGACUUGUAUAAUACAAAUUUGAUCUUUUUUAGCUGUCACAAAAGGAAAUAGAAGAGGUUUUACAGUCCGACAUUGUUUUAUAUAUUUGUACAAAGUGCCUUUUGUCGGUUCUCCUUAUGUUAAUUAUCAGAUUUAUUAUAUUGAUCCAUGACAUAAGGUAAACACAGCUGGUUCUAGCUUUAGGCAGCAGUCUGAUCUAAAUGUACAACACAGUCCAGGUACCCCCUGAUGAUUUCAUUGAUCUCCGUAGAUUUAAUGUUUGUGUGAAUGAGGUUUUUUUUUGCUUUUCAUGGAAACUUUAUCAAGCAGUGUGCUAUAUAUGCUUGCGUAAGUGGAAGUGUUAGCAGGAACCGACACGUAGAGACACACACAGUGGAAGUUAAGGAGCUUGUGUGAACUAUGCAGUUAGAGCUUGGAUUUUGGGCACAAACACCCCACCCCCACCCCUUCCGCUCCACCUCGCUUCAGAGAAAUGUCCAUUUUGGUUUCCGAAACGGCUUUUCUGCAGUAUCCUCCCCCCACCACCCUCUUAUAUUCACUAUGAUAAUCCUGAAUUCUCUCUUCCUCUUGGCUGGCUGCUUUAUCUCUGCGUUUUCUCCUCACACUGUCACCCUCAUCCCUCUGCUCUCUCAGUGGAAGAAAACAGCUUUAGAUCUUCUUUAUUCUUGUUCUGCUCCACUCACCCAGGGACAACCAGCAGAACAAAAUGGGGUCAGCGCUGGGUUAUUAAUUAAUGUGUCGAGUCAAAAAUGAGUGUGGCCCUUUGUGUGCAUUUGGAGUCGUGUGGAGAGGGGGUUGAUGCAGCCUCUGGCUUCACCUAGAAGGACUUGGUUGUAACCAGAGCUCGCUCUAGAUGUCAGAGCUGUUUCUUAAUGAAUAUUUCAUCACUAUGUCUCCAUGGGAGACCACAUCAGCUGUGCAGUUGGUACCUAUCUGUAGGCCACUUACAAUGGAGUUGAUUUGGUUUUCCCUCUUGAUUGUGACCAUUCAUAUAAAUAACGACUCAGAAACCCUUUCUUUGUUCAGUGAAUAAUUACUGGUGUGUUUUUCUGUUUGUGAGCUUGUUCUUGUAUUUCCAUACUUAGCAUGUGGGGACUAGUUGAGCAAUGUGAGGCCAUUUAAUAGAAAAGUCAGAGAUGAGGAGUUUUGUAUGAACCAGUUACUACAGGAUGAAAUAGAACAACUUUAAAUCUCUUUUAUUGACACUUUAAUAAUAUUUCUAUCAAUGUUUUCUAAUGCACCCUUUUUUGGAACAAACAAGACUGUGCUGUUUGAUGAAUGUGUUCAGGGUUUCAUGUAAUGCAAAAUCUUUAGCUAUGUUAAAUAAUUUGUUAAAGUAGAGAGAACACUAUUGUUCUUUCUGUUUAUACACUUCAUUAUUUUAUAGAUGAAUAAUUGUGAUUUAUGGAAAUCGAUAUCCCCAUGGAAAUAUGUUGAACGGAUUCCAUGUUGAUUUGACUACAUCAAAGGACCAAAGCUUAUCAUUUAACAUCUACUAGAAUAUUAAAGACUUUACAGUGCUGUGGACUCUAACAGACCCAGAGCAUCGCAGAUCUUCCACCAUACUUAACAGUUGGCAUUAGGGGUUUUUCUAAAUUUUCACCUUUUGGCCUACACUUGUAUAGCGCUUUAUCAUGUCCGAGGACCCCAACGCGCUUUACACUACAGUCAGUCAUCCACCCAUUCAUACAAACAUCCUCACACUGACAGUGGUAAACGACAAUGUAGCCUUUUGAACAAAGUCAGUCUUAGUCCCAUGUGACCAAAGGACACAUUUCCAGGUAAUGACUAGUAGAAUUUUGUACACUCAGUGUGUUUACAUUUGUGGUGGUAGGGCAGAAAUUGACUGUCCGGGAUGCCUCCUCAACAACUGGUUGGCAUGUAGACAAGAUGGUUAUUAUAGAGAUUGGGUGACCCCAAGAUGUCAUUCUUUGUUACAGAUCUCUAAACACUGAUCUUUGGAGAUUCUCUUUUUACCUCCCUUUUUAUCCCUCUGUGUGUGGUGUCAAGAUAACUAUAGGUCCUAAGAGAAAUAUGUCUCUGUGUCAUGUCAUACUUAUAAACGAGGGAUGUUGGAAUUAGAUGUUCGUAGAAACUCUGAUCAACUUAUAGAAACCAAAGCAUAACUAAAGAAAUGUCACAUUUGUUGCAUUUAUUUCAAGGAAUUGUUAGGGGUGCCAACACAUUUAUCACGGGGGAUGAAUACAUUUGAAUUGAAUUGAAUUGAAAAAUGAGAUGAUACUAUUGUUAUAAAUGAUUAAUUUGUUAUAGAGUGUUGACAUACAGUUAGCAGAGGUGCCAACACAUUGGUGUGCAUCUGUAUGUCCCUUCAUAUGCCUCGUCAUUUGUCAUUCAUAUAUUCAGUUGUGUGUAAGGUCCUAAACACAUAUUAACGUCAUACAUGUGCAAUGCCUAACUAGAAUACUGCAAUAAUUCCCUUGUAAACAAAAUACUGGGACAUGGUCACAUAAAGUUCAAACACAGCAAAGUCCAUAAAGAAAACUGUUUUGAACUGAUCUAAAUCUCAGUUCCAGACCAAGUAGAUUGCUUUCUUUCAGACUAUGUUCAAUAAAUCAUGUUUCUAAUUUUAUGUAUCAUCUACAGAAAUCAGCCUACUACAGGAAGCUGAUUGCUGCGUAACUGGAUGUAAACGUCAUCAGUUGUUUUAAAAUAAUACAUAUUUGAUUCAUCCCGUGACAUAAUUUCACACAGGAGUCCUUAAAGAAAGAAUCACACUGUUUUUAUUUGGUCCAGUUCUUUAUGUUCAAAUGAAAUAUACCCCUAAACCUCUUACUUCCUGAGUUUUUUUAGAGUUAUGGAGCCCAUUAAGAUUAAGAUAUUGCUCACUAUGUUUACUAUGACAUCCCGCUCUGUGACAUUCUUUGCUGCCCAGUUUAGAAGGUUGAUGGUCCACAACCAAAUAAAUUGAAUUCUAAUCAGCUUCCCCGUUCCUGUUAAAGAAACAAAGCAAAGCAUUUCAAUAGCAUGAUGCCGCCAACACCAUGUUUCAGUGGGGAUGAUGAGUUCAGAGUAAUGUGCAGUGUUUGUUUUCCAUUUUCCACACUCAGUUUUGAUCUCAUUUGAUCAGAACACAUUCCUAUGUAUGCUUGCUGGUUCACUUACAAGAUUGGUGGCAGACUGCAAAUUGGUCUUUUCUUUAAUAACUAAUAGUUUUCCUGUCUGCAGACCUGAGCUGUGAAUCUCUGCAGCCCCUCCAUAGUUUUCAUGGGCCUCUGGACUGUCCUUGCCUCUCCUGUCACUAUAGGUGGAGGGCCAUGGCUUGCUAGGUUUAUAGAAUUGAAGGGGUCUUGUCUUGUGAUCUAACCCUGUUAUAAAAUACUGCCUAGACAUCAUACUCUUUGACUUCUUUGAUGGUCCUCACAACUGAAUAAAAAGUUAUCUUGUCAAACAAGUUAGAUUAUACACUGCCUGGCAAAAAAAUAAGUCACCACCUGGAUUUAACGAAGCAAAUAGGCACGAGUCUCCUAUUAGAUAAUUACUGCAUAGAUGAUCAUCGCUCAGCUGGAAACAAUUUAUUUAACCCCAGCUAAAGCAAUGAGUAGCUUCUCAUUUUUGAAACAACCAUGUUGAAAGACACAUCUUGUGGUUGCGGAAAAGACGCCAGUCUGUUUAAGAAGGGUCAAAUCAUUGGCAUGCAUUAAGCAGACAAAACAUCUAAGGAGAUUGCAGAAACUACUAAAAUUGGGUUGAGAACUAUCCAAUGCAUUAUUAAAAACUGGAAGGACAGUGGGGAACCGUCGUCUUCGAGGAAGAAAUGUGGUUGAAAAAAAAUACUAAAUGAUCGAAAUAGAUGAUCUCUUAAAUGUUUGGCCAAGUCAAAGAAAAACAAAAGUAGAACUUGGGUAUGUUUGAAGGUGAAAUAAGAGCAUUUCCACAGGCACAAUGCGAAGGGAACUCAAGGGAUUGGGACUGAACAGCUGUGUAGCCUUAAGAAAACCAGUAAUCAGUAAGGCUAGAUAGAAAAAAGGCUACAGUAUGUUAGGGAACAUAAAGAUUGUACUCUGGAAGACUGGAAGAAGGUCAUGUAGUCUGAUGAGUCCAGAUUUACCCUGUUAAGAAGAGAGGCAGGUGAAGUGAUGCACCCAUCAUGCCUAGUGCCUACUGUACAAGCCUGUGGAUGCAGUGCAAUGAUCUGGGGUUGCUGCACUUGGUCAGGUCUGGAUUCAGCAACAUUAUGUGCCCAAAAAUUGAGGUCAGCUGACCUCCUGAAUAUGGUAAAUGACCAGGUUAUUCCAUCAGUGGAUUUAUCCUUCCCUGACUCAAAUUGUGAAAGAGUGGUUCAGGGAGCAUGAGAUAUCAUUCUCACACAUGGAUUUACCACCACAGAUUCCAGACCUUAACCCCAUUGAAAAUCUUUCGGAAGUGCUGGAGAAGGCUUUGCCUAGUGGUCAGAUUCUCCCAUUAUCAAAACAAGAUCUUGGUGUAAAAGUAAUGCAACACUAGAUCAUGUGACCUUGCAAAAGCAUAUGGAAACAAUGCCACAACAACUGCCUGCUGUAAUCAAAGCUAAAGGUGGUCAAACAAAAUAUUUCAGUGUGUGACUUUUUUUUCAGCCAAGUAGUGUAUAAAAAACAGCAGUAGCUCCUGUUUGUCGACCCAGUUUAUCAAGCAUCGUUCUGCGUAGGUGGGCAUGUGUUUAUGUUUCUGUAAACAUUUCCAUAGAGUGAAUCUUCUUUGCAAUGUCUCAGAACGGGUUUGAGCAGCCAUAUGAAUGGCUUGGCUCCUGAGUGGGAGAGGAGUAGAGGAGUAGGUGGGAGAGAAGAUGGAAGGCCUGACUCUUGCAGAUGAUUCAGUCAAUGGUGUAAUCACAAGCGUUCUUCUGAGUCUUCACAACAAAUGGGAGGUUAGCAGUGAGGCACUUUUCAGCCUCUUUUAUCUGUGUGUCUGUUUAGUGUCUUUCUGUGUUCAGAUUUGCUGCUUUGCUCAACUGAAAGUUUGUGUGUUUGUAUGUUAGAUGGCUCGGCUGAUACACAGCAGCUUUGUUAACUGAUGUUCUAUAUGUUUCAUCAUAAACUGGAGGGGCGCCUGCAAUAAGGAUUUUUUUAUCACAUGCAAAUUUGAUCAUGUUUUUUAAUGCACAUUUAUUAUUUGUGUUGUGCAAUUAAUGUUUAAAUGCCAUUGUCGUGACAUAUGGACUUUUCCAAUAAAGCUAUUGUUUCGGGGGAUUUUUUUUUUAAAGGCAAAAUGAGAAAUAUAUUAUUGCUUAAUUGUGUUUUUAUGACCAUCCUUCAUUGUGUUUUAUUAUCCACAGUAUGGUACUAUGCUGGUGAAAAAUGAAUAAUGUAAGCACUGUGCAAUUUCCCUUUUUUACAGUGAUCUAUUAAGAAAUGUUUCUGCUGUUCUCUGUUCAUAUAAUCUACAGUUGUCAGUGAAUAAAUUGAGGGUAGUCUCAGUCUUUGUAACAAUAA